AUGGCGGGCAAAAGAAAAAGGGAGACAGAUUCCAGCACCAGCAAAUCUGUCACGAAUGGUUCUGCUCUGUCUAAGCCUGCUCCGAAUGGGGAUCCAAAGUCCUCAAAAGUACCCAAAACACAUGGACACAUCGAUGUCAAGACAACCGCACCGGUUAUCCAGAUCAUAGCAGGCUCCUACGAGCGAGUCCUGCACGGCGUUACCGCCUCGAUAUCAAAUUUGUCCGCGUCAGACUCAACUGCAGCAGUCCAAUUUGCAGACACAUUUCUCUUCAAUGCACACGCUUCUGCUGUACGAUGUCUGGCACUCUCACCGCUACCAGAGCCAGGCCUGUCCGAUGCCCAAGGUGUCUAUCUCGCUACGGGUGGAUCCGACGAGAAGAUCAAUGUGUACAGCCUUGCAGUAUCACCGGUCUCGGAGAACGACAAGAUCCCUAUGCCCACGCUUGGGAACAACACCAUCUCAGAAAACCCGAGAAACAGAGAGCUAGGAACAUUGCUCCAGCACUCAUCCAACAUCACGUGCCUCUACUUUCCAACAAGAUCGAAACUGCUCGCCGGCUCAGAAGACAACACCAUCUCCGUGACGAGACUGCGUGACCUCGAGGUAGUCUCGACGAUCAAAGCACCAAGGCCAAAGGUCCAAGGCCAACCCAGUGGCGACACAGCACCUCCUGGAGCCACCCCGGCAGGCAUAAACGACUUCGCCGUUCAUCCCAGCAUGAAGCUAAUGGUCAGCGUGGGUCGGGGCGAGCGCUGUAUGCGACUCUGGAACCUCGUCACUGGCAAGAAAGCCGGUGUCCUGAACUUCAGCCGCGAUAUUCUACAAAGCGUGAAAGAGGGCAAGUACAGCAGUGGCGAAGGUCGUCGGAUACAAUGGAGUCCUGAUGGGAGCGAGUUUGCCGUGUCGUUUGAACGCGGCGCCGUCGUCUUCGGCGAGGAUUCCAAGCCGAGGUGCAAAAUUCUGCCUCAGCCUCUCACGAAACUGCACCAGAUCUGUUAUCUCACCUUGACUGCUGCUUCCGACGAGAAAGUAACACUACUAGCAGCUUCGACGGAAGAUGGCAGGGUGGUGUUCUACGGCCCCAGCAACGCUACAUCUACGACCAAUGGAGAGAAGUCGAAUGAUGGUGCAAUCCCAGAUGCAAUCUGCUAUGCCUCGAUAGGUGGCACGUCUGCGGGCAUUAGUACCCGUAUCAAAGACUUCGAGAUCAUUCUUCUGCCUAAUAAUGCAUCCCCGGCGGCGAGAGACAUGAUUAUCGUCGCCGCAAGCAGUGACGGCACAAUCCGGCUAAUACACGUUCCUACACCCGAACUGAUGGACGCGACUAAGAGCCUCAAACCAGUACAAUUAGGCAAAGUGAUCGGGAUAUAUGCGACCAGCAGCAGGAUUACCUGUAUGAAAGCGUUUCUGAUGCAACCACCAACAGAGAUGGAGGAUGACAUGGAAGACGAUGAAGAGGAAUUCGGAGGCUUCGAUAGUUCAAGCGAAGAGAGUUCCGGAGACAGCAGUUGA